AUGUACAUUUGUGGCCGAGGGCUCCGCUUCCUUAGCCGCGUUGCAAAUGGUAAGAAUAGGAACACCAACUGGGAUCCUACGGUGGCCCUGGAACUCAAUCAUCCGUCCCUUGUUUUGCUCGAGAAAUGCAAUGAUGGGGUUCAGUUCAAACAGGUAUUGGCGCAGGUAUUGAGAAGUAAUCUCAUUGGACAGACUUUCCCCAUGAGUCGACUCAUUUACUUCUCCGCGAUUUCUUACCCUGAGAAUCUCGAUUUGGCUUUGAUUCUCUUUGAACGGUUCACUCCUAGGCCCAAUCUGUUCAUUUACAACACCAUGAUAUCUGCUCUGUGCCCUGCAGUCAAACGGUCAUUCGGCGUGUAUGGUUCCUUGCUCUCUUCUGGUGUUUCCCCUGACGAGAAUACUCUGCUUUACCUUCUGCGUGCCUCUAAAUCUGGCGCGGAAUGGAUGCAGAUACAUUGUCAUGCUAUAGUUUUCGGGUUGUUAUCUUAUGGGUACCUGCAAAAUUUCAUUCUUAAGGUUUAUUUGGAGAGUGGAUUGACGUUUCUUGCACGUAAGUUGUUUGAAUGCAUGUCUAGCCCGGAUAUUGUUUCGUUCAAUACCAUGAUUAAUGGUUAUGCCAAGCAAGGGUGCCCCUUCGAAGCUCUACAGCUUGUCCUUCGGAUGGAUGGUCUGGACGUUGAGCCUGAUGAUUUCACAAUGUCGGGUCUUUUAGUUUGCUGUGGUCAAUUAGGGGAUGUUAAGUUGGGGAAGGCUGUUCAUGCUUGGAUAGGGAGGAGAAACUCUUUCGGUUCGUCAAAUUUGAUAUUGAGUAAUGCCCUUCUUGACAUGUAUGUGAAGUGUCGUGAGUUGAAAGUUGCUGAGAGAUUGUUUCAGACUUUGAAGGAGAAGGAUAUUGUUUCAUGGAACACUAUGGUUGCUGGGUGUGCCAAGCUUGGUGAUUUGGAGCUUGCACGUGCUUUUUUUAAUCAAAUGUCUACUCCUGAUAUGUUUUCUUGGAAUUCAUUGAUUUCUGGCUAUGCUUGUUAUGGUGACUUUACAAUGAUUAAAUCAUUAUUGCAUGACAUGGGAUUGCAAAAUAUUAGACCUGACAGUGUCACAAUGGGCUGCUUGGUAUCUGCAGCAGCUGAGUAUGGAGGUCUGGAACAAGGUAGGUCGGUGCAUGGAUUGUUAAUUAGAUGGCAAAUGGACAUUGAUGCUAAUCUCGGUUCAGCACUGGUUGAGAUGUAUUACAAGACUGGAAAUUUGGAAAAAUCUUUUAACAUAUUCAAGACUGUUACCAGAAAGGAUGUCACGUUGUGGACAACAAUGAUAAAUGCAUUUGCUUUUCAUGGUUAUGGAAGUAAAGCACUAGAACUUUUCUCCAAGAUGAAGGAAGAGCUAAUUCCAAACGAAAUUACUUUUAUCGCUGUCCUUGCAGCUUGUAGUCAUUGUGGUUUGGUGGAUCAGGGGAUUAAGAUAUUUAACUGUAUGGCAAGCUAUGGCAUUGAACCUGGUGCUGAGCACUAUGGUUGUUUGGUUGAUCUUUUAGGGAGAUCAGGAAGGUUGGGCGAAGCAAAACUAGUUAUUGAAAGAAUGCCAAUGAAACCAACUCGAUCAAUCUGGGGUGCAAUACUGAAUGCUUGUCAAUCACAUGGAGAUGAGGAAAUAGCGGAGAAAGCUUUGACGGAGCUUCUAAAAUUAGAGCCGGAUGAUGAUGGGGGAUACAUGCUGUUGUCUAACAUGUAUGCCGCUGAAGGGAAGUGGUGUAAUUCUAACGAGAUAAGGGAGGCUAUGGGAAGUAAAGGAGUGAAGAAGACUGCAGGAUGCAGUUCUCUGGUUGUGGAUGGAAUAACCCACAGUUUUGUGGCUGCUGAUAAAAAGCAUCCAAGAUGGGUUGAGGUCAGGUCCAUCACAAACUUUCUGAAGGGUGAAAUGGAUGUAAAGGCUGAUUUUCCAUUGUUCUCCAUGCAUCCUUCAUUAAGUUCAGACUGA